ACUUUAGAAGUGGUAGGAACGAAUAGUUAGAAAACCGAGUGAAGCAGCGCACUUCCUGUUUGACAACAUCCGGUCGUGUGUCAGGUCAAAAUGCUCGCUCUGAGAGGGUUUCAGAGGCUCAAGCCUGUUUUAUCACCACAUGGAAACACAAGUUUAAGAAGUGUUACGGCCGUUUCAAAUGUAGCCCAACAAAAACACGACACGCUUGUUCAGAUGGAGAACCCGUUCAAAGAGCCACAGAAAGGAUGCGCUCUCUGCAGUAUCACAGUGGACUACAAGAAUAUUCAGCUGCUAUCUCAGUUCAUCUCGCCUCACACAGGCAGGAUCUACGGUCGACACAUCACAGGCUUAUGUGGAAGAAAACAAAGGGAAGUCUCAAAAGCUAUAAAGAAAGCUCACUCGAUGGGUUUCAUGUCGGUGACCCACAAGCAUCCGCAGUUCAUGAAGGAUCCCAACAUCUGUGGAAUCAAACAUCUGGAUUAGCGGAUCAGUGUGUGUGUGUGUGUGUGUGUGUGUGUGUGUGUUGUCUCCUGUGUUGAAUCUGUAAUCAUUUGUUUAUUAAAUUAUACUCCGUUAUGUAUGACAGAUGUCGUCACAUGGCAUACUGAAGCCCAGAGAUGAUUACUGUUGUAGGAAAUAUUAAAGCUAAAUUCUGCCUCACAAAA